AUGUCGUCGUCUUUCUCAUUUCCUCUCGGGAGGUCGAAACAACAACACGUUCGUCUCCUUUCGACGGUUUUAUUCAUCCUUCUCUUGGGAUUCGUUUUAGGGGAUGCGUCAUCAUCAUCCUCUUCAUCGGUGAUGAUGACGACGACGACGAAGCAGAGAACGCAGGGACGAACAGUGCGUGUUGGGAAGUCCUCCACUUUGACGACGAACGGGAGCGAAAAGGAUGAUGAUGAUGAUUAUGAGGAGGAGGUGAUGAUGAUGAUGAAGCAGAGACGAACACUUCUUGGGAAGGCCACUUUGACGAACGGGAGCGAGAAGGAUGAUGACGAUGAUGACGAUGACGAUGAUGAUGAUGAUGACGACGAUGCUGCCUCUUCUUCUUCUGCAAAAAAGAGAGAGGAGAAACAACGGGAAGCAGCUCCCGAGGGGUGUUUCUGGACCGGAUGUUCCUGGUCCGCGACGUGUCCAUCGAGCAGUCGCACGGCUACCAACGUCGUCACCGUUCGAGAAGCGGUAGAGUGCGAGUCAAGCUUUUUCGGCAAACUGAUACACGGGAGAACGAAAAAACCGACGGAAAAGUUGUGUUGCGACGAGCGCGCGGCGGCGACGGCGAGGUGGGAACGCGGUGCCAAGUGGGCCGAAGACGGCAACGAGGACGCGUGUUUUAAUAGAUGCCCGAAGAAUUCGAGGUGCAACGCGAAGCACGGAUCGUGCGAGUGCGACGUUGGGUACGUGGCGAGAGAUGCGCCGAAGGACGAGGACGAGGACGACGACGCCGCGGCAAGUAUGCGGUGUUAUCCCGUGAGAGAGGAUCAGACGGAGGAUUUGCCGAUUGGGAGCGAGGACGUGCCGGAGAUUGAAGAUCCAAUGUUAGAGAAGGAGAGGUUGAUUGAGAAAGAAAAAGAGAGACGGGAGAAGUUAGCGUUGGCGAAGAAAAAGAAGAUUGCCGAGGCGAAGAAGCUGGAGAAGAUGAAACGGAACAAAGGGAAAGCGGUGAUUGAUGACGACGACUUCGACGACGACGAUUCAGACGACGACUUUGGAGACGACGACGACAUCGUCAAACAACCGACGCAAGAGAUUCAGAAACAAUUGAGAAGCGCGCGUCGAAAAUCUAGGAUGGGAUCAAAAGAGAGGCAGAAGAGGAAGCAAUUGAGGAAACAGAAAGAGAGUUCGAGAUCUUUUUACCGAUGGUUUUUCGUUUUAACGGUCCUGGCGCAAGUAUUUGUCUGCGCCAGGUUGGGCGUUUUGACCAACGUCGCGAUGCGAGUGUUUGGGAAAAACCCGAGGAAGUUGUUGAGAUGGGGGGAUUCGAACGGGAGUCAGCUGUUACCGACGCGAUUAGCAAAGUCUCGCGAACGAUUAGCGGCGCGCGAAAAUGGCGCGGAGUACUUUUGA